AUGACAAAAUAUCUCAAACGAUCCUAUCACAGACUUGAUGUUUAUACAAUUCUUGGUUAUUAUACUGGUUUUGGACGAUGUGAUGAUGAUUUUGUUGAUCGUUUAUCACGUCAUUAUUCAGUACUUAUUUUUUCCAUAUUUAUUCUUAUUGUUUCAUCUGUUCAAUUUGUUGGCAAACCAAUAUCAUGUUUUACUCCAGCAUCAUUUACUGGUGCUCAUAUAACAUAUACAGAUUUUGUUUGUUGGAUAUCCGAUACAUAUUUUAUUUCAUUUGAUAAAGAUAUUCCUGAAGUAAAUGAUUUUGAAAUACGACAAGAUUCAUAUGUUAUACGUUAUUAUCAAUAUGUUCCAUUUAUAUUAAUGUUACAAACAUUUGGAUUUUUUUUACCUGGAUUUUUUUGGCGAAGUGGAUCAUCACAUUUAGGAAUAUCAUUACAAACAUAUUUAGAUCAACUUCAUAUGAGUCAUCGUUCAUUAUUAGAAUCACCAUCAUAUCGCCGACAAUUAAUACGGAAUGUUGCUAUUCGUCUUGAUCAAUAUUUUCGUACGCGUCCAAGAACAAUAAUACCAAAAUUAACAAUAUUUUAUUUAUUUAUUAAAUUAACUUAUGUAAUAAAUAUCCUUAUACAAUUAAUAUGUUUACAUUAUUUUAUGAAUUUUAAUUUUAAUAUUAAAGAUAUAGCUGAACGUUUUAUUAUCUAUAGUAAUACCGUACGUCAUACAUCAUUACAAUUUCCAACAAAUGUUUUAUGCGAUUUUAUUGUACGUUUUCUUGGAAAAAAUAAACAUCGACAUACAGUUCAAUGUGUUUUACCAAUAAAUAUAUUUAAUGAAAAAAUUUUUAUUUUUUCUUAUUUAUGGUUAAUUUUAUUAUUCAUGUGUACAAUAUAUAAUUUAAUUGUAAAAUGGAUUAUUUUCUUUUUAUUUCAUCGAGAUAUAAUUGAUACACGUCGUCGUCGUGUACAUCGUACAUUAUCAAAAUUUACAUUAGAACAAAAGCAAAAUAAUGAAGUCAUACAAAUAUGUGAUUGUCAACCUAGACCAAAAAAUUUUAGUCAACAUUAUUUACAAUGUGACGGAAUUGUUAUAAUACGUUUAUUAGAUAUGAAUACUGAUCUUCUUACAAUGAAUGAUUUAAUGGAUGAUUUAUGGGAGUUUUAUAACGGUGAUCCAUUUUAA